AUAAAAACUACCAACUUAUUUUUUGCACUCACAGUUAGUUCAUUUUGCAAUGAAGAUACUUUUAAUUAUUUUCCUAUUUUUCUGUGAUCCAGUCAUAAAGGAAUCUACAGCAUUCUGGAGCAUCGGAAUAGAAAAUCAAUUCAGCUAUGAGAUUCACGAUCGUUCAGUCUUAAUUAAAGAAGAGUUGAAUGAAAUUUUCAUAGCAACAUCCAGACCACAAACUAUUCAAAAAGAUGCAAACACCAAAGCUGCAUUAUCUGCGCUAUCAUUCCUUACAACAAAUUUAAGGUCGUGUUUACAAUUCCAUGAUGAAAUGAUUGCAGCAUCUAUAAGUCGAGCAUCAAAUGAAAAUUAUUAUUUGAAUAGAAUUUUAACAUAUUCUGGUACUUGCAAUAAAUCCUUAGACAUUCUCACAAACUCUACAAAUCAGUUAAACCAACUUACUGCUAUUACUGGAUCUAAAGUCGUAAACAAUUUAUUUAAAUCGCUCGAUUUAAUUCAAUUGUAUUUAUACAAUGCAACAGCAGCAUCGAAAUCAAUUACACAAAGCAUCUCAAGCAUUAGAAAUUCGAGUUCCCUAUUGACACCAAGCUUAUUGAAUGAAUUUAUUGAUUUAGAUACUGUUAAUCAGAUGCGAAGAUUCUUGAUUGUUACGGUAAAUUCUUAUAAAGAUAUUCUUAUGAAUGUUAAUGAUGCAGCACGUUUGACGUUUGCGUAUGGAUCAAUUUAUGAUAUUAUACAGCCAUCACGUUAUAAUGGGGAAAAAUCAGCUAAUACUUCGCUAUUGAAUUUCAUUAAUACCUAUAAUUCUAAUCAAGUUGCUCUUUUGAAAAACAUUGACAGUUAUCAAGCGAAUAUUCAAAAUGGAUUUACUUCAUACAUCCAGAGUGUAUUGAAAAGCUACAAUGAGGAUAUUGUACGACCGAAAUUCGAGAAAGACCAAUUGCCAAUAAUUUACGAUUAUCUAAAAAUCAUAUCAAGCUUUCUAUUUAAUAAGCAAGAAAUGAAUGUAACCCUAGAAGCUAGGAGGAAUGGGAUUGUGGAAACGUUCACAAAAUAUAUGUCAAAUGAGCCUUUAUUGGAAUUUACUGAGUAUAUUGAUGUGAUAAUGAAUUUAUUACAAACUUCUUAUCUUCGUUAUUAUGGAACUGAAAUUGAUAUGUUGGUAUCUGAGGCACAAAGCGAAAUGUCAUGGUUUGCUAACGGAUAUACGUUUUGCCUUGAUGAAAGAACUGCUAAUACAAAAGUUGUCUUGCCAGCUGUUUCUUCAUGGCUUGGAAAUGUAAAAGAUUCAAUUAAUACCGUUUUGAGAGAAUUAAAGAACUGUUUAUCAUCCGUAAUGAGCAUAGAUGCACGGAAAAAUACCAGCAAAUGCAUUCAGAUUCAAGUCAACAACAUGUUUAACAGCUUCAACUAUUUGAGCAAUUUGAUUGCAAGUAAUUUCAAUCCCAACAGUGCUCGAAAUGUUAUGUUAUUCAAUGAUUGCAUGAAUAAGACAAGUUUGUCAUUCACUGGAUCUUUUAAUAAAACAGCACAGACAUUAUCGAAUGUGAUUGUCCCAGCAAAUUGAAAGAUUGUCAUAUAAGACCUUAAUAUAUUAUCCCAAUAUUCUUAAUCAAAGAUUUUU